UCUGUCAGCCGUAUCCUAUGUUGCAUCCGAUUUCUGUGAGUUGUGUGAUGGAUGUGAAUUGAACUAUGGAGGAGGAGUCAAUGUCAGGGCACAGCUGUUCUGAGGACGAUAUCAGUGUUGGGCGACCGUCGCCGGCUCCGUCGCGUUCGCCGUCACCCCAGGACUAUUUCCGGCCUUUGAAACGGUUGAAGAUGGCCUCCGAGCCGGUCGAGGAGAGGCGCGGCGAUGGUGUGAAGAGUUUUUCGAUUCUGGACAUUUUGUCGCACAGUCCGCGGACUCCGCCGCGUAUUGUCAGGCCGUGGGAUGCGUCGGGGUUCGAGCGCUUGCAGCGGUUGCAGCGUUUAGCUGGCGCGGCUUUGCUGGACGGAGAGAGAUGGCGUUUGGCAGCGCUAGGUCUUUUGCGACCGAGGGAAUUGCCAGCAGAAUGCUGUGAUUCAGCGUCAGAAAGGUCUUCUUCAGCGUCUGAUUGCUGCUCGGAGCCCAGGCGGCCUCCGCAGCAGGGUUCAGCUGCACAUACGCCACUAGAUGCGCUAUUCCACAUGACCAGCAAAACAUUUGAAGCAAACAGUCCUGACAAUGGAGAUGGUCAGUCAAAUCACCUGAACCUCUUCAACUCGCGGCCUCAGCCGAAAAAGAAACGAAAGUCUAGAACGGCAUUCACAAACCAUCAGAUCUUUGAGCUGGAGAAGCGGUUUCUAUAUCAAAAAUACUUAUCUCCAGCCGAUCGAGAUGAGAUAGCCAGCUCUCUCGGUCUGUCCAACGCUCAAGUGAUCACUUGGUUCCAAAACAGACGAGCGAAGUUGAAACGAGACAUGGAGGAGCUGAAAAAAGACGUAGAAAGCGCUAAAGUCCUCUCAGCUCACAAGAGUUUCCUCGAGAAUGUCACAGACUUGGGCAUUUUAAAGAAGAAAGCUAUGAGCAUAGGGGCCAGUGAAGAAGCGGCGACUAAUUUAGUUGUGAAUGCGUCCAAAUGAAACGAGGCGGCGCGUUCUAUCGCGCCAGACGUCUAUGACAGGCGUUUACUUGAUUUUUAAAAAUCGAAUCGAACUAUUUCAGUGUCGAUAGAACUUUAUCGAAUGUGCUUCGAACUAGUGUUUUUAUUUAAUAUGUAUAUAAUUAGACGCUGUACAAAUGAGUAUAAAUGUGAUUUAUUUAAGUACUUAAUAGAGAUACUUAAUUUAUUUAUUAAAUCUGGCAUUAAGGUCGCCGCAAUACAACAAUAUAGUAUAUUUUAAUUUAUUAACAGUUUUCAAUUUUAAAUCAAUGAUAUCCCAUAUACGAAUCUCCCAAUUACUUGUCUCUACUGUAGUCUUUAUAGUAGCUAUUGUACCAUACAUACAAUAUAACCCUGUUGUAGAACAUUUGUAUUAUAAAAACUUUCCUCUCUUCAAAAUAUUUCUCCAGAGGGUCGUUUUGGUUGGUUUUCUGAAACUGACUAGGUUUAUAUCAAAUCCAAAUCGAUUUAAUCAGACUGGUACUCUUAUGAUCGUCAAUAUUUAAAAGAAUAGAUAAGAGAAGACUAAAUAAGAAUAAGAAGAAUAGAUAAGCUCCAAAUUUCACACAAAUUGUAUAUACUUACAAUUUUAAAACUAAAAAUUUCGUGUUUUGUUUGAUAAGUCAAGAUUUCUUAUAUAUCCUGGAAAAGUUGAACUCUUCUAAUGGGUUCGUAAAUUAUUGGUCACAAUUUGGAUCGCUCGUGUAUAAGAUAUGCGCAUGCGCAUAGUAUUUUGAUUAUGAAUUAUUCUUGGGAUAUUAUUGUUACCAUACGUGCAAUAAAAUUUGUCUUUCAUGCCAGAUAUUAACCCUAUUGUAAAUAUUAUAAUGUACAGAUUCGUGUUAAGGUACCUUUGUUCACUUCAAAAUUCAUUUAGGUUUAAACUAUUUAACAAAAAUUCGUCUUAGUAAAUUUUAUUAAAUUUGAAAU